AUGGCUUGGACGGCCGCGGCCUCCCUGUGCUGCCGCCUCGUCCGCGCGCCCCCCGUCCGUCGCCGCGCUCGGCGCCGGACCUUGUGCUCCGCCGCGCGGAGCACCGACGCGGUGGACAGGGAGUACGCGGACCUCAAUCUCCGCCCCCUCUACCCCAAUCGGGGCCAUCACCUUCGCAUCCGGCAGCACGUGAAUCCGCUCAGCGCCUUGUUCGUCGAACCCACGGAGCCGCCUGAAUGGACGGAGGUGUUCGAGGACCCCCUGCUGCCCCUCAUGGUCGACAUCGGCUGCGGGAGUGGGAGAUUCUUGGUUUGGUUAGCAAAGAACUCCGGUGAAAGGCGGAAUUACCUCGGACUGGAAAUCCGGCAGAAGUUGGUCGAGCGGACACAGUUCUGGGUAACAGAAUUGGGGCUUAGAAAUGUUUACUUUAUGUUUGCAAAUGCAACGGUGUCUUUCGAGCAAAUUAUGUUAUCAUACCCUGGUCCCCUAUCGCUUGUUUCAAUACUGUUUUUUGUUUUAGUUGAUGUUAUGGAAUUGACAGCUGAGGUGCAAUCAUCUUUUCUGCAGUGUCCUGAUCCUCACUUUAAGAAAAGGCAUCACAAGAGAAGAGUUCUACAGACACCAUUGGUGGAUUCGAUCACAAAGAACCUUUGUCUGGGUGGGCGGGUGCUUGUACAAUCAGAUGUGCUUGAUGUAGCUACAGACAUGAGAGAAAGGUUUGAUGGAUACGCGGAUGUGUUUGAGCAUGCUGAUCGUAUUGAUAAAGAUCUUCAGUGUGACGACGAAGGUUGGCUUCUGGACAACCCUAUGGGAAUACGGACAGAGAGGGAAAUCCAUGCUGAGCUGGAAGGAGCGACCAUAUACAGGAGGAUGUACCAAAAGACGAGAUGUUUCUCACCAGAUUACUCCAUCAGUUAA